ACGUUGUUUACGUCGGGAUCAGAUAUUGCGAUAUGCAAUUACUUGUAAGGAAUGUAUCCAUACGAUAUGCAAUUACUUGUAAGGAAGCCUAGCAUUGACUUUAAAAGAGCGCGAAGGGGAAAAAAAGAUCAAAACAAAUAACAUCUCUAAAAACAGUGUGAACAAAUGGCAAAGUACCGUCUUGUUUCGUUCAAACAAAUGCAGGAUAUGAGUGGUGAAAAAGUUGCCGAAAUGGAUGAUGCUUUAGCUUCACAAAAAGUAAAGAAUUAUCAAACCAAUGGCUCCACUCCAACCACUGAACAACCACCUAAAGACAGGUAUAAUGUUGUAAGGCUAACAAUGUACCUAUUUGGAAUAACUUCAUUACUGCCGUGGAAUUUCUUCAUCCAAGCCAAUGACUACUGGAUGUUUAAGUUUCGGAACACAAGCAUCCCGUUUGAUACCGUAGCCGAAGACAAAACAAAUCUCCAAACUUUAUUCUCCAGUUAUCUUGCCAUAGCUAGCAAAGUUCCAUAUGUUGUGUUUUUACUUGUAAACGCUUAUGUCAGUAACAAAUGUCUUCCUUCAAAGAGAAUACAAUAUCCUUUGGUGGUUAUGAUUUUACUCUUCAUCAUUACAACAGUAAUUGUUUUCAUAAAUACCGAUAACAGUCAAGACACGUUCUUUGCUGUUACAAUAGCCAUAGUGGUUGCAAUAAACUCUAUGUGUGGCUUCGUUCAGGGUGGUGGAACAGGUAUAGCUGGCAGCUUACCGAAAAAGUACAUGGGCUAUAACGUCAAUGGCAUGGCGAACUUUACAAUUUUUACAUGUCAAAACAAACAUCCAUGAUGAAUAAAAGUUUACCCAAUGAAGCCCAUAAAAAAACUUCAAAUUUGGAAAUAUUUAAACAGAUAUGGGUGUACGCAUUAGCUAUUGUCUUAGUGUUUUGGGUGUCACUUUCUGUCUUGCCAGCUAUAGUAGUGUUGGUGGUGUCUACCUCAACAGAAAAUACUAUCUGGACAGGUCGAUUGUUUUUACCUGUUGCCUGCUUUUUAUUAUUCAAUGCAGGAGACUUAGUCAGUCGAAUGGUAGCGAUCAGGAUACCAAUACCCUCUAGGUACAAGUACAUCACACUUGCCCUGACAGUAAUGCGUGUUGUGUUUGUUCCACUACUUAUGCUGUGCAAUGCACAUCCAAGGCAUCAUUUACCAAUUGUAUUUGACAGUGAUGUAGACUUCAUCAUCAUCAUUCUAUUCUUUGCUCUCACUGGCGGCUACUGUUGUACCAUCAUUUUAACACAAGGGCCAAAACAAGUGAAAGAAGAAGACCAGGAAAUAGCAGGAUCCCAAAUGGCCUUUUUCCUUGGACUCGGACUUAUGCUUGGCUCUGUUUCAUCUUACGGUCUAGUUCUCCUAUUAUAAUUCAUAAGAGGCUUUCAGACAUUGAUAUCACUUGUGAAUAGUGGUUUUUUACUUAAAAGAUUGUUGAUGAUUGUAAAAGAUAUUUAGAGAGAUUUAUCUGCACACACAAACAGUUGGAUGAAAAAAGAAAAAUGAAAUGAGAACUUAAUAAGGCAUGAAUAAUUAUUAUAAGACAAACUUAAAUCACUUCAGUUAGUCGGAAUUUCAAACAUUACAGCUUUUAAUCAGUAAAUGACAGAAAUAGGCAAAUUUGGAACACUGAUUUUAAUAUUUAAAGUAUAAAAUAAAAUUGGCAAUGACAAAUUAUUUUUUUUU